AUGGCUUCUCAAUUCGUUUUAAAAACCUCACAGGAUAUCGAAGUAUUUCAUGGAUACCCAGAUUUCAAACAGCAAAAUACUGAUGCAAAUGACGGACAAACUUUGGCGUCUUUAAUCUCUCCAUGUGGUAGAUUUCUAGCAUUUUCAACAAAGACUGACCUUACCGUCUUUACAGGUGAUAUUUUGGAAACGCAACUGUUCAAAAUCCCAUUAGUAGAUGUUUAUGAUCUACAUUUCUCUCCCUCUGGGAACUAUUUAAGUACUUGGGAAAGAACCUCUAUCAACAAUCCAGAUCAUAAAAACGUGAAAAUUUGGUAUUUGAAUGAAAAUUUCGAUCCAACAACUAAUGCUAUAGAACCUGUUUUCGAAUAUCAAGCUAAAUCUCAAAGUGGUUGGUCAUUACAAUUCUCUAAGUUAGAUGAUUACGCAAUCAAACAAUUUAAAGGUGAAUUAAGAAUAGUUAAAAUAGAUCACCAACAUAAGAAGUUCGACUUCACUAAUCCCUUCGCUAUUUUGAAGCAAGAAUCAGAUUCUCAAUUUUUUUCCACUUACUUAAUUUCUCCAUCUGAACAUCCAACCAUUUGUACCUUCACCCCUGAAAAGGGAGGUAAACCUGCAUUAUUAACCAUCUGGCCAAUAUUGGAAGGUAAAAUUACAAAGAAAAUUGCCACCAAGACUUUCUUCAAAGCUGAUUCAUGUCAACUAAAAUGGAAUCCACAAGGUAAUGCAAUUUUAUGUCUUGCCAUUACUGAUUUCGAUUCCUCUAAUCAAUCAUACUAUGGUGAAAAUACCUUAUAUCUUUUAUCAUUCCAAGGUGUCAACGGUACUUUAGGUGGGAACUCCGUAAGAGUCUCUUUAACAAAGGGCCCAAUUCAUGAUUUCACUUGGUCACCAACUUCAAGACAAUUUGGUGUCAUCUCAGGUUACAUGCCUGCUACAAUUGCAUUUUUUGAUUUGAGAGGAAAUAUUGUACAUCAAUUACCUGAACAACCUAAAAAUACAAUGUUAUUCUCUCCAACUGGUAGAUAUAUCUUGAUAGGUGGGUUCGGUAACUUACAAGGUUCAGUGGAAAUCUUAGAUCGUCAUGAUAAAUUUAAGUGCAUUACUAGAUUCAACGCUACGAAUACUUCUGUUUGUAAAUGGUCUCCAGGUGGUGAAUUUAUAAUGACUGCAACAACAUCUCCACGUUUAAGAGUCGAUAAUGGUAUUAAAGUAUGGCAUGUAAGUGGGAAAUUGAUUUUCGUUAAGGAAUUUAAAGAACUAUUGAAAGUCGAUUGGAGAUUCCCUUGUAAUUUUAAAAUGGUUCCAGGAUCUCAUAUCAUUAAAGAUUGGGAACCAAUCAGUAAGUCUCAUGAUGAACCGUUAGUCGCAGAUCCAAAAAUUGGUAAAGAUGUUAAAUUACAAAUCCAUUCUUCUGUGGAGGACUUUACUUCUAAAAAUCCAAGUGCUGCAGCUAUAGGUAGCAAGGCAAAUGCAACGAAAAAAGCUGGAGGAGCUUAUAAGCCUCCUCAUGCUAGAAGAUCAGCUGGAAACGGUACAACGAAAUCUAUUCCUGGUUUAGUCCCUGGUAUGUCUCCAAAUGAUAAAGCAAAUGGUAAUAACACUAAUAAGACAAGAAGAAGAAGAACUAAGAUGAAUGAGAAUGGAACUACUAGUGAUGGAAACUCAAAAGUUGAAGUAACUAAUAAUAACAAUACCGUUGCUUCUCCUGAGGAAAAGAAAAUGAGAUCAUUAUUGAAAAAAUUAAGAUCCAUCCAAGCUUUGAAACAAAGAGUUAUUGACGGUGAUAAACUAGAAGAUACCCAACUGUUGAAGAUUAAAACAGAAGAGCAAGUCAUAAAAGACUUAUCCAAUCUUGGUUGGAAGGGAGAAGAAUAA